AGUUUCAGGUUUCUCAUUGUAUGGAUCACUGGUUGCAGAAUAGAUGGCUUUUCCUCGUCUCACAGGAGCCUUGCGCUCCUUUUCAAAUGUCACCAAACAGGAUAAUUAUAAUGAAGAAGUAGGUGACUUAAAGAUGAAGCGAUCCAUACUUCAUGAAAAAAAUUUAGAGUUGGGCCUGACGUGGAAGAAGAUAGUAAAAUUUUUGAAUGAAAAUCUGGAUAAGAAUGAAGUACAAAGUGUAAAUGAAGACUUAAAAGAUCUGUUACAGGCUUCAAAACAAAUAGUUGGAAUGGAUAAUGGAAAAGAAGCAAUUGAAAGUGGGGCCGCAUUUCUCUUCAGGACAUUUUACUUGAAGAACUCUGUUGGUCACAAGGAGACAAAGGCAGUCAAACAGAUGUUUGGUCCCUUUCCAUCAUCAUCUGCCACUGCAGCUUGUAAUGCCACUAGUCGAAUUACUUCUCAUUUUAGUGAAGACAAUCUUACUGCUCUUCUCCGGAUGACAGAAGAGGAAAAUGGUGAUAGAGUUUUAUUUGGUAAAAAUAUAGUAUUUUCAUUUGAUAUGCAUGAUUUGGACCACUUUGAUGAACUUCCAAUAAAUGGUGAAGCCCAGAAAAUGAUAAGUCUAGAUUACCAGAAGUUUCUGAAUGAACGUUUUCAGGACCAAUGUACCGUAGAGGUCAAGCCUGUGGAAAAAACAAAUGGGUCCUUCUUGUGGUGUGAAGUUGAGAAGUACUUAAAUACAACGUUAAAGGGAAUGACUGAAGCACCAAGAAUAGAAGAUCUUUGCUGCACUUUAUAUGAUAUGCUUGCCUCUGUUAAAAGUGGUGAUGAACUUCAGAAUGAGUUAUUUGAACUGCUGGGGCCCGAAGGACUUGAACUUAUUGAAAAGCUCCUCCAGAACAGAAUUAUGAUUGUGGACAGAUUUCUUAAUUCCUCAAGUGAUCACAAGUUGCACGCUCUGCAAGAAAAUUGCAAAAAAAUACUAGGAGAAAAUGCUAAACCUAAUUAUGGUUGUCAAGUUACUAUUCAGUCUGAACAAGAAAAGCAAUUAAUGAAACAGUAUCGUCGUGAAGAAAAAAGAAUUGCAAGGCGAGAAAAAAAGGUUGGAGAAGAUGGAGAAACUUCAGGAGAAGGCCUAAUGUACUUUGAUCCUAAGGAAUUGCGGAUGCAAAGAGAACAGGCACUUCUUAAUGCUAGAAGCUUUCCAGUUCUGAACAGGCAGAGAGAGAUGGGUGCUGAGAGAAUACGGUAUCCCCAUGUUUAUGAUUCCCAGGCUGAAGCCAUGAAAACAUCAGCUUUCAUUGCUGGUGCAAAGAUGAUUUUACCUGAAGGAAUCCAAAGAGACAAUAACAAAAUCUAUGAAGAAGUAAAAAUUCCCCAUAGUCAACCAAUGCCAGUUGGUUUUGAGGAGAAGCCUGUUUAUAUACAAGAUUUAGAUGAGAUUGGGCAGCUGGCAUUUAAAGGAAUGAAGAGACUCAAUAGAAUCCAGUCCAUAGUGUUUGAAACUGCCUACAACACCAACGAGAACAUGCUGAUUUGUGCGCCUACUGGAGCUGGGAAGACCAACAUUGCAAUGCUUACAAUACUACAUGAAAUUCGGCAACAUUUUCAACAAGGUGUUAUCAAAAAGAAUGAAUUUAAGAUUGUGUAUGUUGCUCCAAUGAAAGCUUUGGCAGCUGAAAUGACAAAUUACUUCAGCAAACGUCUGGAGCCACUGGGCAUUAUUGUAAAAGAAUUGACUGGUGAUAUGCAGUUGUCUAAAUCUGAAAUUUUACGAACUCAGAUGCUUGUGACCACACCAGAAAAAUGGGAUGUUGUGACAAGGAAAAGUGUUGGAGAUGUAGCUCUUUCUCAAAUUGUCAAACUCCUAAUUCUUGAUGAAGUUCACUUGCUGCAUGAAGAUAGAGGACCAGUAUUGGAAAGCAUAGUUGCACGAACUUUACGACAGGUUGAAUCCACACAGAGUAUGAUAAGGAUACUUGGACUCUCUGCAACCUUACCCAACUACCUCGAUGUUGCUACAUUUUUACAUGUUAAUCCCUACAUUGGACUUUUCUACUUUGAUGGCCGUUUUCGACCGGUACCUCUUGGGCAGACAUUUUUGGGAAUUAAAAGUGCAAAUAAGGCGCAGCAGUUGAAUAACAUGGAUGAAGUAUGUUUUGAAAGUGUUUUGAAGCAAGUAAAGGCUGGACAUCAGGUGAUGGUGUUUGUACAUGCUCGGAAUGCCACUGUUAGGACAGCAAUGUCUCUAAUAGAAAGAGCAAAAAAUAAUGGCCAGAGUCUUUGCUUUUUGCCUACCCAAGGACCUGAAUAUGGGCAUGCAGAAAAACAGGUACAAAAGUCAAGAAAUAAGCAAGUAAGAGAAUUAUUCCCGGAUGGUUUUAGUAUUCAUCAUGCAGGAAUGCUUCGGCAGGACAGAAAUUUGGUUGAACAUUUGUUUUCUAACGGGCAUAUCAAAGUUCUAGUGUGUACAGCUACUUUAGCCUGGGGUGUCAAUCUUCCUGCUCAUGCUGUUAUCAUUAAGGGAACACAGAUAUAUGCUGCAAAAAGAGGCUCCUUUGUUGACCUUGGAAUUUUAGAUGUCAUGCAGAUAUUUGGUCGAGCUGGAAGACCACAAUUUGACAAAUUUGGGGAAGGAAUCAUCAUAACAACACAUGAUAAACUCAGCCAUUACCUCACUUUGCUCACUCAACAAAACCCAAUCGAGAGUCAAUUUCUAGAAAGUCUUGCAGAUAACCUAAAUGCAGAGAUGGAUCCAGCAUUAGAAAAACAUCGAGAACAACUGGUCAUUGAAGUUGGACGAAAACUGGACAAGGCUCGCAUGAUUCGCUUUGAGGAGAGAACUGGAUAUUUUUCUUCCACCGACUUGGGUAGAACCGCCAGUCACUAUUAUAUUAAAUACAACACCAUUGAGACUUUUAAUGAAAAUUUUGAUGCGCACAAAACAGAAGGUGAUAUCUUUGCCAUAGUCUCCAAAGCUGAAGAAUUUGAUCAAAUCAAGGUCAGAGAAGAAGAAAUAGAGGAGUUAGAUACUUUAUUGAACAAUUUCUGUGAACUCUCCGCUCCUGGGGGAGUUGAGAACAAUUAUGGAAAAAUAAACAUCCUACUUCAAACUUACAUCAGCCGAGGAGAAAUGGACAGUUUUUCUCUGAUAUCAGAUUCUGCGUAUGUUGCACAAAAUGCUGGUAGAAUUGUCCGUGCUCUUUUUGAAAUUGCUCUGAGGAAACGUUGGCCUACCAUGACCUACAGACUCCUGAAUCUUAGUAAAGUCAUCGACAAGAGGCUUUGGGCUUGGGCUAGCCCUUUGAGACAAUUUUCAGUCUUACCACCACACAUUCUUACAAGAUUAGAAGAAAAAAAACUUAGUGUGGAUAAGCUGAAAGACAUGAGGAAAGAUGAAAUAGGUCACAUACUGCAUCACGUGAAUAUUGGACUGAAGGUCAAACAGUGUGUUCAUCAGAUUCCAUCUGUUUUGAUGGAAGCAUCCAUUCAACCAAUCACACGAACUGUCCUCCGAGUGAGACUCAGCAUCUCUCCUGAUUUCACGUGGAAUGAUCAGGUCCAUGGGACAGUAGGAGAACCCUGGUGGAUUUGGGUAGAAGAUCCUACAAAUGAUCAUAUUUAUCAUUCCGAAUAUUUUUUAAUUCUAAAAAAACAGGUCUUUAGUAAAGAAGCUCAAGUACUGAUAUUUACAAUCCCUAUUUUUGAGCCUUUGCCUUCCCAGUACUAUAUCCGAGCAGUGUCUGAUAGAUGGUUAGGAGCUGAGGCUGUAUGUAUUAUCAACUUUCAACAUCUGAUUCUGCCAGAGAGACAUCCUCCUCAUACAGAAUUACUGGAUCUGCAGCCUUUACCAAUCACAGCUUUGGGAUGUGGAGAAUAUGAAGCCUUGUAUAAGUUCACCCACUUUAACCCUGUACAGACACAAAUAUUUCAUACACUGUACCACACAGACUGUAACGUCCUACUUGGUGCACCCACUGGAUCAGGGAAGACCGUUGCAGCGGAAUUAGCCAUUUUCAGAGUCUUCAACAAAUACCCCAAGUCAAAGGCUGUAUAUAUUGCACCCCUAAAGGCCCUUGUACGUGAACGAAUGGAGGACUGGAAAGUUAGAAUUGAAGAAAAACUUGGCAAAAAAGUUAUUGAACUAACAGGGGAUGUGACUCCUGAUAUGAAAUCCAUUGCAAAGGCUGACCUUAUUGUCACUACACCAGAGAAGUGGGAUGGAAUCAGCAGAAGCUGGCAAAAUAGGAACUAUGUUCAGAAAGUCACUAUUCUCAUCAUAGAUGAGAUCCAUCUGCUCGGGGAUGAAAGAGGUCCUGUUCUAGAGGUCAUUGUGUCUCGCACAAAUUUCAUCUCAUCGCACACAGAAAAGUCUGUUAGAAUAGUUGGUCUAUCCACUGCAUUAGCUAAUGCCAGAGACCUUGCUGACUGGCUCAAUAUUAACCAGAUGGGCUUGUUCAAUUUCCGACCAUCUGUACGCCCAGUUCCACUGGAAGUUCACAUUCAAGGCUUCCCAGGUCAACAUUAUUGUCCUCGUAUGGCUAGUAUGAAUAAACCUGCAUUUCAGGCAAUUAGAAGCCAUUCUCCAGCCAAACCUGUUUUGAUAUUUGUCUCAUCAAGACGUCAGACUCGUCUUACUGCUUUAGAACUGAUAGCCUUUCUGGCUACUGAAGAAGAGCCAAAGCAAUGGUUGAACAUGGAUGAAAGUGAGAUGGACAACAUCAUUGGAACAGUAAGAGAUUCCAACCUGAAGUUGACGCUUGCUUUUGGAAUAGGAAUGCAUCACGCUGGACUGCAUGAGAGGGACCGAAAAACAGUAGAGGAACUGUUUGUGCACUGUAAAAUUCAGGUUCUUAUUGCUACAAGCACAUUAGCCUGGGGUGUAAACUUUCCAGCUCAUUUAGUAAUUGUUAAGGGAACAGAAUAUUACGAUGGAAAAACAAGACGUUAUGUGGAUUUCCCCAUUACAGAUGUACUCCAGAUGAUGGGACGUGCUGGGCGGCCUCAGUUUGAUGACCAAGGAAAAGCUGUAAUUCUGGUCCAUGACAUAAAGAAAGACUUUUACAAGAAAUUCCUUUAUGAGCCUUUCCCAGUAGAAUCAAGUUUAUUAGAAGUACUCGCUGACCAUUUAAAUGCAGAGAUUGCUGGUGGCACAAUAACAUCUAAACAGGAUGCUAUGGAUUAUAUCACCUGGACAUACUUUUUCCGACGUCUUGUCAUGAACCCCAGCUACUACAACUUGGAUGAUGUGAGCCAUGAUUCUGUGAACAAGUUUCUGUCUAAUCUGGUUGAGAAGUCUUUGGUUGAAUUGGAAUAUUCCUAUUGUAUCCGAAUUGGAGAGGAUCAUAGGAGCAUCGAACCUCUGACAAAUAGCAGAAUUGCCUCCUAUUAUUAUUUGAGGCACCAAACCGUUAAAAUGUUCAAGGAACGUUUGAAAUCAGAAUGCAGUGUUGAAGAAUUGCUUUCCAUUCUAAGUGAUGCAGAAGAAUACACAGAUUUGCCAGUAAGACACAAUGAAGAUCAUAUGAAUAGUGAACUGGCAAAAUGUCUUCCCAUUGAAUUAAAUCCUCAUUCAUUUGACAACCCCCACACCAAAGCACAUCUCCUAUUACAAGCACAUCUCAGCCGAGCCAUGCUGCCCUGUCCAGAUUAUGACACUGACACGAAAACAGUCUUGGACCAAGCUGUCAGAGUAUGCCAGGCAAUGCUGGAUGUGGCUGCAAACCAAGGCUGGCUGGUGACUGCCCUGAAUAUCACCCAUCUAGUUCAGAUGGUUGUCCAGGGUCGGUGGUUAAAAGGUUCUUCUCUCCUUACCCUACCACACAUAGAGCAACAGCAUCUUCACCUUUUCAGGAAAUGGAAGCCAGUUAAGGGCCCAAAUGCUGAUUACCAAGGUCCCAUUGAGUGCCUUCCCGAGCUGAUCCAUGCCUGUGAAGGUAAAGAGCAUGUGUUCAGUUCCAUUGUUCAAAGUGAGCUACAGCCAGCAAAAAUUAAGCAGGCAUGGAAUUUCUUAUCUCGAUUGCCAGUGAUAGAUAUCAGCUUGAGUGUUAAAGGCUGGUGGGAUGACUCAGUUGAAGGGCAGAAAGAACUGUCUAUCCCAACUCUGAUUUCAGACAAACGAGACGACAACAAAUGGAUCAAGUUGCAUACUGACCAAGAGUAUGUGCUUCAAGUCAGCUUGCAGAAAGUCCACAGUGGGUUCCACAAGGGUAAGCAAGAAAGCGCUGCAGUUACACCUCGAUUUCCCAAAUUAAAGGAUGAAGGAUGGUUUUUGAUAUUAGGAGAAGUGGAUAAGAGAGAACUUCUUGCCAUGAAAAGAGUAGGAUAUGUUCGAAAUCAUCAUGUUGCUUCCCUCUGUUUUUAUACCCCUGAAUUACCUGGGAGGUAUAUCUAUACACUGUAUCUCAUGAGUGACUGCUACCUUGGCCUGGACCAGCAGUAUGACAUUUAUCUCCACAUCACACCAGCACGCGUUCCCACGCAGGGCAACACGGAGGUCUCGGAGGCCAUGACUGACCUGACCUGA